GACAAACACCGGCAAUAACUCAGGGACUCAAAUCAAUAUUUCGCUUCUCACAAGUACCAAUCAAGAUGCUUUCUCUGUAUCUUUUCACCUCCACACUGGCACUGGGGCUUGCAACCGCGGCCCCGGCUGAAACUCGCCAGGGCCCAACUAUAAACGUCCAGCUUAAACAUAGCCGCCUCGACGUUGUCAAGACAUUGGAUAAUGUCCCCCUGGAUGACUUCCCUGUCCCCGUGGAUCCAGCUUUCCUUGGCGAUAUCGUCAAUGCUGAGUGCGAUGGUGGAUGCAAGAUCGGCUUCCAUUGUACAUUGUACGGCCAGAACGAGAAUGCCAAGAUCGAGGUCGGCCCUGGUGAAACAAAGUUCAUCUUUGAUGCAUUCGCAACAAUCACUGCCGUUUCCUGUGCACCUGGACUCCCUGCUCCUCCCGAGGAAAAGCGCCAGGAUGAGGGAGAGGGCGGUUUAGUGGUCCAGUUUACCAACCACCCUCUGGAGGUCACUGAGACGAUCAGACUAGAUGCUGAUGGCCAGCCUCGUACGGUCAACUUCGACUUCACAGUCAGUGUUGUGUCGACAGGCUGUGCGGAGAUCUGCAUCCCCGAACUUGCCUACCACUGUCAACUGUUCGAUCGCGCCUUGAAGCCGAUUGGAAAUCUGACCGGUCCCGGGUCCCUGCGCUUCCCCGAGGGCCAACAGCCUUUCAUCGGCCAGAUCACUUGCUACGACGACUUUGGGCGGGAUGCAGUUGUUCACGAGCGCGCAGUGCAGCACACUAAGGCUCGCCAAGUUGUCCAGGGUGCCGUCCAGGGUACCGUGAUCUUCACCAACGAGGAGGGGGACAGGUACGAGCACGAGCUCGUGCUUGACGAACUGGUCGUUCUGCCCGACAACGUUCUACCUGUUUUCUAUACCGAGGCUACGGUCAUUCUGUUGAAUGACCCUCACGACCGUUUCUGGGGCUGCCGCGCUUUCGCACACGGACGCGCUGCUUUCGACGACCUUGGGAUGUUCUACGCCAACACGAGAUUCGAGAAGACAUUCGAGGGAGGUGAAAUCCACUGGUGGAAGUGCGAGUGAAGAGCUUCUGUCAAUUUCAAUGACUGCGAAACUGUGAUAAGGGAGGAAGCGAUAUUACUUUCACAUCUGGUUUUCCUGGAGAUGAGUUGCGUUAUCUGACUUCCUCACUUGGCUCUUGUGUAUUUCAGAUUUUUCCUGACUGCUUUCUACCAUGCUGUGACGUUCUAAGCUCUCAGUUCAGACCUCGCACAAUUCACUCGCUUGCUUAUAGAUGCGUCUUCCACUCUUAAAUUAGCUCCAUGCACUCAGUACCACG